GGGGCGGGGCGAAGCGAACCGGGCAGGCCGCGAUGUGGCACCGGUCGGUGUGCGUGGGCCUCCUGGCCCUGGCGCUGGGCUACCUCUGCCUGCUGGGCCCCGAGCUGUCGCCGCCGGCCCUGCGGCACCUCUCCGCCUCGCUGCUGGGCACGCUGCGCCGCGCCGGCUCGCUCGAGGGCCGCAUGGUGUCGGCCUGGCAGGCGGCCAUCGUCCGCCCGGCCCGCGGGUGGGCGCGCGUCGCCGUCGGCGUCAAUGCCUGUGUGGACGUGGUCCUGUCCGGCGUGAAGCUGUUGGAGGCGCUCGGCGUGGAGCCCAGCGAUGGGAAGAACCACGCGGUGCUGAGCUCCCGGCGGGACCUGGGGGAGGCAUUCGCUCACUUCAUGGACAAGGGGGCGGCUGCCGAGCGCUUCUUCAGCGACGCCGAGUCCUUCCACAGCAUCGCCCGCACGGCCUCCGAGCACCCCGGGGCCCAGCUGUACGUAGGAGGAAACGCUGCUCUCAUCGGUCAGAAGCUUGCAACAAAUCCAGAGCUGAAGAUCCUCCUUUGUGGCCCAGUUGGUCCUAAACUCCAUGAACUACUUGAUGACAACGUGGUUGUGCCACCUGAGUCCAUGCAGGAAAGAGAUGAAUUCCAUCUUAUCUUGGAGUAUCAAGCAGGUGAAGAGUGGGGACGAGUGAGAGCACCCAAUGCCAACCGCUUCAUCUUCUCCCACGACCUGUCAAAUGGUGCCUUAAACAUGCUGGAAGUGUUUGUGUCCAGCCUGGAUGAAUUUCAGCCAGACCUGGUGGUGCUCUCAGGACUUCACAUGAUGGAAGGCCAGAGCAAGGAGAUGCGGCAGAGACGACUUAUGGAGGCUGUGGCCUCCAUCUCUGACAUCCCCACUGACAUCCCCAUACACCUGGAGCUGGCCAGCAUGACCGACCAAGAUUUUAUGAGCAACAUAAUGCAUCAGCAGGUCUUUCCCCUGGUGAACUCCAUUGGGCUGAAUGAACAGGAGCUGCUGUUCCUCACACAGGCUGCCUCUGGUCCUCACGCAUCCCUCACUUCCUGGAGUGGCAUUCCCGAUGUGGGUAUUGUCAGUGACAUCCUCUUCUGGAUCCUGAAGGAGCACGGGAAGACCACGGAGCGGGCCUCUGAUCUCACACGGAUCCACUUCCACACCCUGGCCUACCACAUCCUUGUCACUGUGGAUGGGUACUGGGGCAACCAGGCUGCUGCUGUGGCUGCUGGAGCUCGAGCAGCAGGGACUCAGGCCUGUGCCACCGAAACCAUCGACACCACCAAAGUCUUUCUUAAAGCUCCUAUGGAGUUUGUGACCUCCCAAAUAGAGGCACCUUCCAAAAUCUCUAUAAAUCCAGAUGAGCCAGUGGUGCAUUGGCACCGAGAAGGCAUCUCCUUCCAUUUCACUCCUGUUUUGGUGUGUAAAGAUCCUGUCCGGACCGUGGGACUUGGGGAUGCUAUUUCAGCUGAAGGACUGCUCUAUUCGGAAGCAUAUCCUCAGUAGAAAACUAAGACCCUCCUUUUUCUCCAGUACUGUACUGUGUCUGAGGAACCAUGGAUUAGGAUUUCAGGCAGUGGUGGUAUAGGAACAGAAUCAGGUUGUGGUGGGUUUUCUGGAUAUAACUGAAAAAAGAGCCAAAGAACAAUUCCAGGUAUGAACUGUCCAGCACAUUCCAGUCACUGCCAGUGACUUGAAUGCUUCAUGCUUAGGUGCAGGUGUUCUGGUAUUUAAUGUGAAAAUGGGCUUUGCUUUGUCUUAAGCACAUGGGGAGGGAACUGAGUAUUGAAAUCCCUGUUUGGAACUCCAAAUGGCUCCAGUUCUGUUAGUGCUGGAAAGCAGAGCAGCCGGGAGGAGCUCCUGGUGCGGAUCCCAGGGAGAACGCUGUCUUCCCUCUGCUAAACUAAAACUAAAAGGCUCUUGCAUUACCUCCUCCCAGCCCCUUGCUGGUGGCAGGAGCAAACCUUCCGCUUGCUUGGGGUGAGGAUGGAAGCUUUUGCCUUUCAGCCUCAGUGUCCCCGGCCUUGGGGAGAGCCAGGCUCCCAAAAUGUGAUGCACACUGCAC